AUGUCUUGUUUGAAAAAUCUUCUUCUUUUAAGAUGUUCGAAUCAAGCUUUUAGAAGUACAAUUGCAUUUCGACAUUCACUAAAUUUUGGGCAAUGUUAUCCACAAGUUAGAACCAUAAAUAUUUUUACACCUUUACAUAAAUCUAAUGAAAUACACUCAUUAUCAAGUAAAAAACAAUCCAUCUUUAGAAACAGUGUUAUCACAUGGAAAAGUGUAGCAGUUACGAGCAUAGGAUGUGCAGUUCUUUUAAUGUAUAUGUAUUAUCUUCAAGAAUCAAAAGAUAAAGAAAUAGAACGUGAGAGAAGGCGUGCGCUAGGCAAAGCAGCAAUUGGUGGAAAAUUUGAAUUAGUUGAUUCUAAAGGAAAAGUAUGGAAGUCAGAUGAUUUUUUAGGACAGUGGGUUUUAAUAUACUUUGGUUUUACGCAUUGCCCUGACGUAUGUCCUGAUGAACUUGAAAAACUGACAGAAAUUGUUGAUAAGUUGGAGACCCAGUAUAAUACAAAAGUUCAACCUAUAUUUAUUUCUGUGGAUCCUGACAGAGAUACGCCAGAAGUUGUAGGCAAAUAUGUUAAAGAAUUUUCUGACAAAAUUCUUGGCCUUACUGGAACCAAAGAACAAGUUGCUAAAGUAUGCAAAGCUUAUAGAGUAUACUACAGCAAUGGGCCUAAGGAUCAAGAUUCAGACUAUAUUGUUGAUCAUACGAUAAUCAUAUAUCUCGUUGAUCCAGACGGUAUGUUUGUGGAUUAUUAUGGUCUGACUCAUACUGCUGAACAGGUUAUACAAAGUAUGUUACUAAAUAAACUUAAGUAUGAGAACUUGAAGAAAGAUUCUUGGAUUCCAUCAUUGACACUAAAAAAUCCACUACCAACAUGA